UUUGUCAAAAAAAAACAAUCCUGUUUUUAUCCUAUUUAAUUUUGUUUUUAAAAUGAGCGAAGAAGAAAUGGAACUUAUUCAAGACGAAGAUGAAUCAGAAUCAGAAGAUUUUUAUGACGCAGAAGAUGCGGAGCCACAAGCCAUGGAAGGACUGAAUGUUGACGUGACUCACAGAUUCGAUUAUGCUCUUCAAGACAAUGAAAAUAGAGAAAAUUAUGAAAAUGAAGCCAGACUCACAGAUUAUGGAACAAAUUGGUUUCCGAUUUGUGGAGUCAGUGCUGUUUGUUUUCCUGUUUACAGGGCAACAACUCCCGAUGAAAUUCCACGAUGAUGAACGAGAAAUCUAUGAAAGACUUGUAUCGAGUGCUCGAGCUAAUGGAUUUGUUGUACUGUUUCCAUUGGAUAUUCCAGAAUGCACAUCACUCCCAUAUAUUGCUACACUUUCUAGAGUUGUUCAAGCAAAUUCUAACGCUCUGAGUAUGGAGUUGAUGGGCGUCUACAGAUGUAAAGUUUUGAAGUAUAAUUUAGGGCGUGGUGAAGCAGAAGUACAAUUGCUACCAGACGUCGAACUUCCAUCGUUACUUCCAUCAUUUAUUCCGAAAUAUGCAAUACAUUUACCUGCUCACGAAAAACGUUCAAUUGCAACCCGAAUCAAUGGAUAUCCAUUCAAUGCUAUUCGAGAUGUUACAGAAAGUGCUGUGAAUGAAUGCGUGGGACUACUUUCAGGAAUGCUUGGAGAUGACACUGUGAGACAAGCUAAAGAUCGUGGCCUCACAUACUUCAGCUAUUUUGCUGCAAAGCAUAUUUUCUCUAAUCGGCUAACUGAGUACAGUCUCUUGAAAGAAGAUUCAGCGAACGGUCGUAUAGUUGCUGCUCUGAAGUAUUUCAAAGUAUUUGUCGGGAGAUGUUCUAGAUGUCGCAUUCCAAUUUUCCGCAAUGAACAUAUCAUGAGGCUUCCAGAUCAAACAAUGACUCAUGUUAAUGCUCACGGAUUUGUUCACAAAAUUACCUUACUGUCAGAAAUACGAAACUAUGAUCGAGCUACACCACCAUCAUAUGAAUUCACAUGGUUUCCAGAGUACGCAUGGAUUAUCAUUCAGUGCUCCAGAUGUCAUGAACACCUUGGAUGGGAAUAUAUCAGCAUGACUCGUGAACCACGACGCUUUUUCGGAAUUCAACGAGAAGGAAUUACGUUUCAAAACGAAUUACAAGAAGGCGAUACAGAGGAAAAUUGGGAUCAUGUUCCAGAGUUUGACAACGAUGAUCAAGAAGAAGAAGAUGAUGCGAUGAAUUUUAUACGGUUAAUUCUGCGUCGAUGAAUACUGUAUCCUAUUUAGUUACUUUGCUAGAUAUACAUCACUGGUCUCAAAAUAAUUUUCAAGAAUGAUUUUUCGUUGCCAAUUGGCCUUAAGAAGUAAUAAACUUUUUGUAUGA